CUCAGCUCUCUCCCAGUCAUUGAAUCUUCUCAAUGACUCCCAAAAUAUUCCGCGCCAACCCAUUGGCCUUCACCCCUUGGCCCGUCACCCUCCUCACAGCAGCCAUUUACCUCGCCUUUGCAAUCCCCUUACUCGUCAUCCACCAAGUCGUGCCCCCAGCGCCGACCCCCAGCGCCACUCCGCAUGGUCUAAACUUAUCAGAAGCAUGGACGGAUCUACAAUUGUUGACGGAUGGGUUCCGGCCGUAUAAUUCGCACCAGAAUGAUUUGGUUAGGGGGUGGCUGUUGGAACGGAUUGGGGAGAUAACUGCGACUGCAUCCACGGCAGAGGAUGCAGAGGAAGAAGGCGAUGGGAAGGGAACGCCUGAGGUGGUCGUGUUUGAUGAUUUACAGUCAAAUCUCACGUUUGCGGGGAGUGUGCUUGGGUCCACGGGUGUGGGUGUUUAUUUUGAAGGGACGAAUAUUAUGGUUUAUAUCCGCGGAUCUGAGGAUGAAAAGGGUGAUUUCUGGGAAGAUAGUGAUUAUAUUCCUGACAAGGGGGGCGUGCUCGUGAACGCGCACUAUGAUAGUGUGUCUACUGGAUACGGAGCGACAGAUGACGGAGUCGGCGUCGUGACUUGUUUACAAUUAUUGCGGUAUUUCACGACACCGGGACAUGCGCCGCGACAUGGACUUGUGGUGCUGUUUAACAAUGGUGAGGAGGAUUUUCUUAACGGCGCGCGGGUGUAUAGUCAACAUCCGAUUUCGAAGUUCACGAAAACAUUCCUCAAUCUCGAGGGUGCGGGUGCAGGUGGUCGCGCGACGCUGUUUCGCAGCUCGGAUACGGAGAUCACGCACUCGUAUGCGCAGUCGGAACAUCCGUUUGGAUCGAUUCUCAGCGCUAAUGGAUUCGAGACGGGGUUGAUACGCAGUCAGACGGAUUAUGUGGUGUUUGAGGGGGAUAUGGGACUCCGUGGACUGGACGUGGCGUUUAUGGAGCCCAGGGCGAGAUAUCACACUGAUCAGGAUGAUUCGAAGCAUACGACUGUGGAUUCGCUGUGGCAUAUGCUUUCCGCGGCUGUUGCGACGACGGAGACGCUUGUUUCUGAGGACAGUGGACCAAAGUCUGGGUCUGGGUCUCGGGCUGUGUGGUUUGAUAUGUUCGGGAGCGCGUUUGUGGUGUUUCGAUUGCAUACGCUUUUCGCGCUGAGUGUGACGUUGCUCGUCGUUGCGCCGUUGACGCUGCUCGCUACGAGUAUCGCGCUUGUGAAUGUUGAUCGGAUGUAUCUAUUUCGAUCGACGGCGCUGGGCAAUGGUAUCUCGCUUGGUGGUGCUCGGGGCUUCUUCCGGUUUCCGUUUCUCGUUGGUGUCCCGACGGCUGUGACUAUUGGGUUGGCGUAUCUGGUUACCAAGAUCAAUCCAUAUAUCGUGCACAGCAGCCCGUAUGCUGUGUGGGCUAUGAUGGGCUCUUCAUGGAUAUUCCUGUCGUGGUUCGCUUCGCGGGUUGCUGAUUUCGCGCGGCCGUCUGCUUUCCAUCGCGUGCAUACGCUUACCUGGUUGUUUAUUGCUACGUGGGCGAUGUUGGUUGCUGCGACGGUGUAUGAGAACCAGAGAGGGUUGGCGGGGGGAUACUUUAUCUUCUUCUACUUUGCUGGUGUGUUUCUGGCUACUUGGAUAAGCUAUCUGGAGAUGUUUUUCCUGCCGCGGAAAGCGGAGUAUGUGAGUCGGUUUGUUGCGCCGUUGCCGCCGCAGUCGUCGUAUAGCUACGGUACGAAUAGUCGAUUAGAACCUCCUUCUGAAGCGACGUCUUUGCUGCGUGGUGGUCGUGGUAGCGGUGGACAUGGACACGGACACGGCCACAGGACUACUUUCGCAAACUACACACGGGUAGCUUCGAUCAGCCACAGUCUGUCUUCUGAUGAUACAAACGAUUCGGGGGUAUAUGGCUUCGAACAGCUAUGGAGCUCCUAUCUUCCGAAAUGGACCUGGAUUCUGCAGUUCAUCCUCAUCGCGCCUAUCGUCCUCAUGAUGACCGGUCCGCUAGCACUGUUGCUUACGACGGCACUCCAACAGACCGGUCAAGACGGUAGUCCUGCGCUAUUCAUCUACAUCUGCAUCGCGAGCUUAACAGCUCUUCUAUUCUCACCACUGGUCCCAUUCAUCCAUCGCUACACGCACCACAUCCCGCUCUUCAUGCUAUCCAUCUUCAUCGGCACAAUGAUAUACAACCUUGUCGCAUUCCCCUUCUCAGAGUCAAACCGCUUGAAACUCUUCUUCAUCCAGGACGUUGAUCUAAACACUGGCGUCAACCACGCAAGUCUAACAGGAGUCAUGCCCUUCGUCCACGAUGUCGCCAGUGACCUUCCCAGCGUCAGUGCCGCAGGCGAAGAUGUAACAUGCGCUCCACUCGCAGACCGCGUGAAAUGCACAUACCCCGGUCUUUUCCCACACGUCACCACCACCAACAACAACAACACCGAAUACCAAGACUGGCUCUCCUUCAACAUCACCCGCUCAUCCCAGAAACAAACGGUGCAAUUCAGCAUAACCGGCCAAAACACCCGCGCCUGCAAACUCGUUUUCGACGAAGAUACCCCUAUUCCUGAUUACCACGUCCACAACUCCGCAUACGACGAAGACCGUUUCCCGCAUGUAUCGGUUGACGAGGAUGGUAAUGCGCUCGGGACUAGGGAAAUUCGGCUCUGGAGUCGGGCUUGGGAUGGGGAGUGGGUUGUUGAUGUUGAUCUUCCUACUUCUUCCAAAUCUGAUACCGAGGAGGUGAAGGUAAAAGGAAGGGUGGUGUGUAUGUGGAGCGAUCAGAAUGAGAUCGGGAAUAUACCUGCGUUGGAUGAGGUGAGACGGUAUGCGCCUGCUUGGGUGGGGGUUAGUAAGUUGGCUGAUGGGCUUGUGGAGGGGUAUAAGGGGUUUGAGAUCUGAGGGCCAUGUUUCUAUGAUUUGUUAUAAAAGGGUUGGCUUGAUGGAUUGUUAUGGGAUAUGAGUUAUGCAUUUCGGGUUUUAUAUAUAUCGAUUUCAUUCAGGUCGAUAUCAUCACUGU